UCCCCUUGGCAACAUCGGGGAAUAUUUAGAAGCGACGUUUUCUGUCCGCCAUUUCAGUAGCUUGGCACGAGACGGACGUAGCUGCCCUUCGGAUUUGGUUCACCCUGUUUUGAUUUGCAUUACAUUGGUUUGCAAAGAACUUUCUCUAUAUCGUCCCAAUUAAUUUGACGAGGUAACCAUUUCAACCGCGCAAGAAGAUGUCGACUGAGGUUAAGGUCGAAGCCGUCCCCGAGAAGCCAGUCCAGCCUACUCCGCAGCAGCAGCCAUUGCAGGGAGAAGUGAAUGGUAAACCUAAGCAUGACUCCGGGCCCAGCAGAAAGGAGAGGCCCCAGAAGAGAGGCGGUGGCGGACGAUUUGAACCCUAUGGAAAUGUGAACAAGCGUUACCGUGUGUUUGUCAGCAACAUCCCAUAUGAUGUGAAAUGGCAGGCACUCAAAGACCUGAUGAAAGAAAAAGUGGGUGAGGUAACGUACGUGGAACACUUAAUGGACGCAGAAGGAAAAUCAAGGGGUUGCGCUGUUGUCGAGUUCAGGACUGAAGAGCUCAUGAAGAAGGCUGUGGAGAAGGUCAACAAACACAUGCUGAACGGGCGUCCGCUCAAAGUCAAAGAGGACCCUGAUGGUGUGAUCGCCCAGAGGGAGGCUCACAAAGCCCAGGGCGGUGGCGGAGGACCCGGGGGCCACGGAGGCAUGGGCGGGAUGGACCGCAUGGAGCGGAUGGACCGCAUGGGCGGCAUGAACAUGGACCGCAUGGGAGGCAUGAACAUGGAGCGCAUGGACCGCAUGGGAGGCAUGAACAUGGAGCGCAUGGGCGGCAUGGACCGCAUGGGAGGCAUGGACCGGAUGGAGCGCAUGGGAGGCAUGAACAUGGAGCGCAUGGGAGGCAUGGAGCGCAUGGGAGGCAUGGAGAGGAUGAACAUGGACCGCAUGGGGCCAGGCCCCGGCGGACCCCCCACCGUGAACAUCCCACCCAGCCUGAUGAACAACCCCAACAUCCCCAACGAGAUCAUCCAUGGCCUGCAGGCCGGCAAGAUCGGGAGCACUGUGUUUGUGGCCAACCUGGAUUACAAGGUGGGCUGGAAGAAGCUGAAGGAGGUGUUUGGCAUGGCCGGCGUGGUGGUCAGGACGGACAUCCUCGAGGAUAAGGACGGGAAGAGCCGAGGAAUGGGCACCGUGACGUUCGACAUGCCCAUUGAAGCGGUCCAGGCUGUCUCUAUGUUCAAUGGCCAAUUGCUCUUCAAUCGGGUCAUGCACGUCAAACUGGAUGAGAAAUCUCUUCCCAAAGGAGAUUUCGGACCGCCUGAAAGACCUGCUGCUCUUCCCCGUGGCCUGAGCGGUAUUGGUCUUGGGCUCGGGCCAGGGGGCCAGCCCAUCGAUGCUACCCAGCUCAACAGAGGAGAAGGCAGGGGAGCCGGGAUGGGCAACAUGGGUCCCGGAGGAAUGGACGGAAUGAACUUCGGUGGGAUGGGUGGCCGAGCAGGAGGUAUGGACAACUUUGGAAGUGGAGGUGGUGGUGGAGGAGGAGGCGGAGGAGGAAACAACAUGGAUCGUUUCGGGCCCUCUGGCAUGGGCAGAAUGAACGAGAUGGAGCGUGGGAUCGCUGGUGGUUUUGACCGGGAGUUCGGCCGGAAUGAAAUGGGCAUGACCCGCAACAAUUUUGGAGACUCUUUUGAUAGAGGCGCGGGGAACUCCCUCGGAGGAGACCGUAUGAACUCUGGACUGGAUCGUCUGGGGACCGGACUGGACCGCCUGGCCGGAAUGGACCGUCUGGGGAUGGACAGGCUGGACCGCGGGGCCGACCUGGACCGCCUGGGGGGUACCGGCGGCUUCGACCGCAUGGGCUCCGGGAUCGACCGGCUGGGGCCCAGUAUGGACCGCCUGGGCUCUGGCCUGGACCGCAUGAGCUCCAGCAUGGAGCGCCUGGGCCCCGCCGGGUUCGACCGCCUGGGCCCGUCCAGCUUGGACCGCAUCAGCACCAGCCUGGACUUCAGCUCCCCGAUGGGCAUGGAUCGCAUGGGCAACACCGGGCUCGACAGGAUGGGCCAGAACAACUUUGACCGCAUGGGGUCUUCCGGGGGUCUGGAUCGCUUCCCCACCGGCGGCCUCGACCGCAUCGGCUCCAACAUGGACCGCAUGGGAGCCGGGAACGUCGGCGGGCAGUUCGACCGCCCCGCCGACAUGGACCGCAACACCUUCGGGGGCAACUCCUUCGUCGGGGCCGGGGCUGGGGGACCCGGAGUCGGCGGCGUCAACGCCAGGAAGGGCUGCCAGAUCUUUGUCAGAAAUCUGCCCUUUGACUUCACAUGGAAGAUGCUGAAGGAUACCUUUAGUACAUGUGGCAUGGUGCAGUAUGCGGACAUCAAGAUGGAGAACGGCAAGUCAAAGGGCUGUGGUGUGGUACGCUUCGACAACCCAGAGACGGCGGACCGCGCCUGCCGAAGCAUGAACGGAUAUCGCCUCAACGGCAGAGAGAUCGACGUUAGGAUCGAUAGAAAUGCAUAAGUUCACUUUUUCCGUCAAAGUUCCAUAUGUUGUCCUGAUUCCAUACAACCGACCUGUCAUUUGAGUGACCGUUCCAACUUUUACUUGGUUUAUUAGUGCUGUUUUAGUUAUUUCCCUUUUUUAGUGACCACAUUUAUAUGAUUUGUCAUUCUUUAACUGUCAAGGCCUUUGUUGUUUAAGGUGUUUUGAUAAA